GGAAAACGUUUAUGGGGUGGGAGUGCAGGCGGGGCGCCAGACGCUUGAAACAGCGACGGCUGUGGGUAUGUUUUAAAGGCCGGGAUCUCCCUCAUCGUGAGACUCCUUUCUUCUCAGGCAAGCAAGCUACCUCGAGUUAUAUCAACGUUCGUCGCAGACGUUGUGUUCCUGUCUUUCUGUUGUUUGUUCAAAGUCGUUCCUUGGGUUUGGGUGUACCUGGUUGUGUACCCGCCUUUUCAGUCUAUCCUUUAAAUCUACAUUACGAUCCUAGGCCACCUCAGCCACUUUACCCAGCAAGAGUUUGGAAAUCCUAAAACGAACAAAUAAAGUCAAGAUGAAGAUCAACCCUGCACCUUUGCACUUGGCCCAGACGGUCAUUACUGGCCUCGUAGUUGCGUUCAGCAUUGCGAUCCUGGGCACUGCCGCGCAUACUCUCGAUGUCUUCAACAAGCAGCAGACAUCCAACCCGUGGUGGCUUCCGCUCUGGCCCCAGCACUUUGAUGUGCAUGGCACCAAUGCAUUGGUCGCGUCGGCGACAGUGACUCUCGCCUUGUCUGGUGUCUUCCUCGUCAUGUCGCUCAUUCCUCAGGUCAAUCUCGCGAACAAGCACACUUUGCGUGCGCUGUUGGCCCUUGGCUCCGCGGGCCCAUCUUCCCUCCUCACUGUCGUUACUGUCAUCUACGUCCACAUUUUGAACGCCAAGUCCGAACUCGAUACCAUCCAGACGUGGACCUGCAAGUACAAGAACAGCGCACCGAUGCAGCAGGACAUGGCGCUUGCCAGUAACAUGGGCAACGGCAACUUCACCUCGCUGUGCCAUCAGAGCAAAUUUGCGCUUUACGGGACGCUAGUCGUGUUCGUGUUGUUGUGCGCGAGCAUGGGUCUGAGUGUGGUGGGGUGGAUGGCGGACAAGUGGAGUGAGCGGCAGGAGAGGAAGGAGUUGGAAAUGCAGCAGUCGUAAGGAGAUGCUGUUCCACCUCGACGCAGGCGUGGUGACAGCGACUGCAUAGAAGAACGCAUUCCAGGUGUAUGCACUACACAGAAUGAGGCCGUUCAUAUUGCGAUGGACGGUACGAAAGAAGAUGAUAAUGAACAUGCGCUCACAUUAGAUUGAGCACGGGGCGCAAUGGAAAUCGGGAAUCGCAUCGGCGGAACAAACUUACCUAGG